UCAAAAACACAAAGGAGAAGAAAGUAUCAAACAAAAACAUAUACAGUUCAAGAAAAAUGUCUGCAAAACGGGUCUUCGACAAGUUCGACAAGAGCAAAGACGGUAAUCUCUCGUUAGACGAGUUUCGUGAAGCGGCACUUGCUUUCUCUCCCAAAAUUUCUCAGGAGGACAUCGUAAAGAUUUUCAACGAGAUGGACGCGGAUGGUAACGGCGAGCUAAACCUCGACGAGUUUACUACAUGCAUCGAGAAGAUGUUGAAGGAAGUGUUUGAUUUUUGUGAUGUCGACGGUGACGGGAAGAUACCGGCCAGUGAGUCCUAUGUGACCAUGACUAGCAUCGGAAAGACAUGGACCGAGGAGAGUUGUGCCGAAAAGGUUAAAGCGGUGGAUGCAGAUGGUGAUGGCUAUUUAAACUUUGACGAGUUUAUGGCUUUGGUUAUUGGUGACAUAUGAGAGAGUCAACCUAAAUUGCUUGUUUAAUAAGAGUAUACAUAUGUUCUUUCCGCUUAUUAUAUUAUAUCAUUUACAUAUAACAACAUGCCAAAUGUGUUGGCCGUUGGGUCAUUAGCCAUACCGGUCUUAUAUAUAAUUAUAUAUAUUAAUAAAAUCCUAAAUUACAGUAAAUAUGAAUUUGUCGUCUUUCUUAUAAAAAUAAGCAAGAAACUAGUGGACAUUGAUCAAAGCUUGAUCUCAAUUGUAUGAAAAAAAACAAAAUAUACAAUAUGUGACUAUAUUGAUAAUAUGUCUAUAUGAGACAUCUUCGAGAGGUUUGACAAGAACAAAUACGGUCAGACGAUCUUCUCAUGGGAAGAGUUUCGUGAUGCGAUUCAUGCUCUCUCUCUCCAGCUAUUCCUUCUGACAAACUCGUUGAGAUGUUCGUCCGGCUU